GGCAGCGUGGGCAUCAUGUCUUUCAACCCCACUAUCAUGCCACCUGCGAACGUCUCUGCCAACGGGACUGCCAGUGGGGCCGAGGGCGGGAAGCCCCCCACUAUCCCCACCGUCAUGUUCAUCUUCGGCGUGGUGGGCAACCUCAUAGCCAUUGUGGUGCUCUGCAAGUCUAGGAAGGAGCAGAAGGAAACCACUUUCUACACGCUGGUCUGUGGGCUGGCGGUCACUGAUCUGUUGGGGACCUGUUUGGUGAGUCCAGUCACUAUUGCCACUUACCUGCAGAACCGCUGGCCAGGAGGACCAGCGCUGUGUGAGUACAGCUCCUUCAUCCUCCUCUUCUUUGGACUUUCUGGCCUCAGCAUUAUCUGUGCUAUGUCUAUAGAGAGGUACCUGGCCAUCAAUCAUGCCUAUUUCUACAACCAUUAUGUAGACAAGAAGCUGGCAGGGCUCACGCUCUUUGCCAUCUAUGCUUCUAAUGUGCUGUUCUGCGCCCUCCCCAGUAUGGGGCUUGGCAAGUCUACCUUGCAGUACCCUUACACUUGGUGUUUCAUAGACUGGCGAGCAAAGGAGGCCACCCAUGCAGCAUAUUCCUACAUGUAUGCCGGCUUCAGCUCCUUCCUGAUCAUGGUCACCGUGAUCUGCAAUAUCCUGGUGUGCGUGGCUCUCAUUCGCAUGCACCGCCAAUUCAUGCGACGCACAUCCUUGGGGACAGACACUACCUCCAGCCGCUUAUCUGACUUUCGCAGACGCCGGAGCUUCCGUCGGAUGGCCGGAGCAGAAAUCCAGAUGGUUAUUCUGCUCAUUGCCACUUCCCUGGUGGUGGUCAUCUGCUCCAUUCCUCUGGUGGUCCGUGUCUUCGUGAACCAGCUCUACCAGCCAGAAUCGGUGAGGGAUGUGAGGCAAAACCCUGAUCUGCAAGCCAUCCGCAUUGCCUCAGUGAACCCUAUUUUAGACCCAUGGGUCUACAUUCUCCUCCGCAAGACUGUACUCAGCAAAGCCAUUGAGAAGAUCAAAUGCCUCUUCUGCCGCAUUGGAGGGGCUCGGAGACAGCACUCAGGGGGCAAUUUCAACUGUGUGGAUGGUCGCAGAACCUCCUCCGGUAUGUCAAGUCAGUCACCCUCCUUCAUCUCCCGUGAGCUAAGGGAGAUCAGCAGCACUUCACAAACACUGCUCUAUCCUCCAGAGUUAAGUGAAAGCAGUGUUGGGGGUCGUGUGCUGCUUCCAGGCCCCAGUGCUAGCUUGGCUCAGUCUGACACCACAUCAGUAAGGACACUGCGUAGCUCGGAGACCUCAGACUCCUCACAGGGACAGGACUCGGAGAGCGUCUGCCUGGUGAAUGAAAUCAGGUCUGGUGGUGGGGCCAGCUCCACACCCAAGGGCAGCCCCCUCCAGGUCACCUUUCCCACAGAGACACUGAAUUUAUCUGAAAAGUGUAUAUAG